AUGGUGCACCUCAUCUCCGCCCUCCUCCUCGCCGGCUCGGCCAUGGCCCUGCCCGCCCGCGAGAUCUUUGGCAUCCAGCAGACCUGCACUGUUCCCGCCUCCAUCCCGGCCGUGUCCAAUGCCAAGCUGCCGGACCCCUUCACGGCCUCCGACGGCACCAAGGUUACCACAAAGGACCAGUGGGCCUGCCGCCAGCAGGAGAUUCUCAAGGCCAUGGAGCAGUACGAGCUCGGCGACUUCCCCGGACCGCCCGAUGCCGUCAAAGGCACCCUGACGGGCAACAGCCUCAAGGUCGACAUCACCGUCGGCAGCAAGUCGGUGUCCUUUACGAGCACCAUCAAGAAGGGCUCGGGUGGCGGCGCCGCCAUUAUUACCAUUGGCGGGUCCUCGCUGCCCAUCCCCGGCACGGUCAGCACGAUCAACUUUGACAACGACGGCUUCGCGUCGCAGGCGUCGGGCUCGUCGCGCGGCCAGGGCAAAUUCUACACGCUGUUUGGCGCGGGCCACAGCGCGGGCGCCCUGACGGCGUGGGCCUGGGGUGUGGGCCGCCUGAUUGACGCGCUCGAGCAGGUCAAUGCGACGUCGGGCGUCGACACCACCAAGCUGGGCGUGACGGGCUGCUCGCGCAACGGCAAGGGCGCGUUCGUCGUGGGCGCGCUCAACACGCGCAUAGCGCUGACGCUCCCGCAGGAGUCGGGGUCGGGCGGCGCCGCCUGCUGGCGCAUUUCGGACGCGGAGAAGAGCGCGGGCAAGAACAUCCAGACAGCCGGCGAGAUUGUGGGCGAGAACGUGUGGUUCUCCAAGAACCUCAACAGCUACACGGCCAAGACGAGCACGAUGCCCGAGGACCACCACAUGCUGGCGGCGCUGACGGCCCCGCGCGGCCUGUUUGUCAUUGAGAACGAUAUCGACUGGCUGGGCCCCGUGUCGACCACCGGCUGCAUGAAGGCGGGCCGGCUGAUCUACAAGGGCGUGGGCGCGCCCAACAACAUGGGCUUCUCGCUCGUGGGCGGCCACUCGCACUGCAUGUUCCCGAGCGCGCAGCAGGCCGACUUGACGACGUACAUCAACCACUUUUUGCUGGGCACGGGCGCGGCGCCCGGUGCCGUCGAAAAGUCGUCGGCGACUGUCGACAUGUCCAAGUAUGUCGACUGGACCCCGCCGACUCUGUCGUAG